UCCUUUCUGAGGCUGCAGCAUGUAAAUCCAAGACCAGUGGGUGGGAUUGAGUUGUGCUCUGGUGCAUAAAUAGAGGCUGGGCUGAGCUAGCACACUAGGAAGCGUGGACACAUCAAGGCCACCUGGCUCCACAGACAGACUUGCCAUGGAGAAGAUUUCGGUGUCGACGUUCUUACUCCUCGUGGCCCUCUCCUACACUCUGGCCAAAGACGCCACAGUCAAACCCGGGGCUAAGAAGGACACGAAGGUCCUCCCACCCAAACUGCCCCAGACCCUCUCCAGAGGUUGGGGUGACCAACUCAUCUGGACUCAGACAUAUGAAGAAGCUUUAUACAAAUCCAAGACAAGCAACAGACCCUUGAUGAUUAUUCAUCACUUGGACGAAUGCCCACACAGUCAAGCUUUAAAGAAAGCAUUUGCCGAAAAUAAAGAAAUCCAGAAACUGGCAGAACAGUUUGUCCUCCUCAAUCUGGUUUAUGAAACGACAGACAAGCACCUCUCUCCUGAUGGCCAGUAUGUCCCCAGGAUUAUGUUUGUUGAUCCAUCUCUGACAGUGAGAGCUGACAUCACAGGAAGAUAUUCAAAUCGUCUCUAUGCUUAUGAACCGUCGGACACAGCUCUGCUUCUCGACAACAUGAAGAAAGCACUCAAGUUGCUGAAGACUGAGUUGUAGAGA